AUGUGGGCCAGUGGCAGAGGUGCAUUUAUUGAAUUUUUGGAUCUUCCUACGAGUUUGUCUUUUUUUAAUUUUUAUUCCAAAUCGCCGCCUCUUAUUGCCUCCUCCUCUAUUCCCUUAAAAGUAGCUUUUGCAAAAUCUUCAAGCCCUGUGCCUUUAAAUAUACAGGCUGCAAUGAAUUCCGUUCCUCCUGCUACCCGCGUUGCUUAUGUUGGCGGAUUGGAAGAAAGUCAACUAAAUGAGGCUUACUUGCUGGAUAAAUUUUCAUCCUAUGGAGCCAUUGAAAGUGUGCGUAUGCUUAAAGAGAAAAAGACAGCUUUUAUUCAUUUCGUGACAGUUGCUUCUGCAAUCAAGCUCAUUUCGCUCUUGGGAUCAUCUUCGCCCGUAUCUCUGGGCCUUCCCGGCUCCAAGAUUUGCUAUGGAAAGGAUCGAUUUCCUGUCUCUUCGGCUCGCCAAAUUUCAGAACAAAGACUCGCCGUUCCUUCCGUUGCAAUGCCAAAGCUACAGACAGCACAAAACAUUCCAAUGAGCCAGUUUUCGACCUUUUGCAUGCAAAAUUCACAUCUUUUCAAAGUUGCCGGAGUACCUGCUCCCUUUACUCAAAAUCAUCGCACAAUUUUUCUUGGAAGCAUCCCAGAAGAGACUUGUUUGAGUGACCUGGCAAAUGUGAUAAGAGGCGGGCCGCUGUUUAAUUUGAAAAUUGUGCCAGAAAAAAACUGCGCCUUCAUCACAUUUGUAAAAGCAUCUGAUGCACUGCUUUUUUAUGUCAGCACUGUGGGGCAUCGACCCAUAAUUUCUCAUCUUGAACAAGCCGUCUGUGAUUCGGAAAACAAACCGGAUGACUCGAAAACCAACAUUUCCCCUGAUGUUCCUGGAAUUUUUGUGCUUGGCAGAAAAAUUUACAAAAUUGGAUUUGGAAAGCCGAUAGAUUUAACAAAUGAAAUGCUUGAAGCCAUUGAGAAAGGGGGCGCAACUCGAAACAUCUACAUUGGACUUCCAAAAAAAUCGGAUGCGCUAGAUUUUUUCAUCGAUGAGCUUCCAGAUGAUUCUACCAUCAUAUCCGAGUUUUCGCAGUAUGGAACCAUCGAGUCUGUCGUGCGCGUUCCGGAAAAACAAGUUGCUUUUGUAAACUUUGCAAGCAUCGUGUCUGCGCUCAAGGCUCUUGUGGGCUCCAGGUCGAAUCGUGUUUUUGAAAGCUGUAAAAUUAUUUAUGGCAAAGAUAGAUGCUCAACACAAGUGGCAGCACCGCCUUACUUUGAUUCGGGGAAUCCAUAUUCAGUGGCCAUUAGCAAUGGAGUUGGAAUUUCAAGCCAACACGCUCCUAUUCCCAACUGGCCAAUUCCACCACCUCCUCUCCCAGGAAUACUCCCCCCAACAUUUCCAUUCCAACCACAGGCUGGCAUUUCACCUUCAAUUAAUUAUCCUAAAAACUAA